AUGCGUCGCCUCACAUCAACUCCGUCUGUCACAAAGACUUUGAAUGCACAAAGAUCCGUAUUACCUAUCGCUCGCAAAAAUGGGCCAUCCCUCACAAUCGUACGUCAAUUUCAAGGCUCAAUUGUGGCCCAAAAGAAGUUUCAGUAUCGCGGUGCGAAGCCGAUAUUUCCUGAAGAGGAUUAUCACAAAGCUCAACCGCGGAGGGAUCAGGAUGGAAAGAUGAUAUGGCCUGCCCCCAAGAGUCAGAUUGAGAAAGCAAAGGAUUUUAUUCGUGAAUGUGCCGCCGCUAGUAAACGGACUCUUAUCGUCCCUGAUAAAGACGCUGAUGGCCUUGCUGCUGGAGCCAUCAUAAGAAAAACUCUCAUCUUGCUCGGCCUUGACCCCAAGUUGAUAUCGGGCUACACGAUGAACAAAAACAGCUCUCUAAACUAUAGGGAUUCUCGUACAAACAUGGAAGCUUACAAGCCAUCUUACAUCAUUGUCCUCGACCAAGGCUCAUGGAAAUCAGAGCCUGUAAUCGACUCACCCCAUCGCGCGUUAGUCAUUGACCACCAUAUCGCAGAGAAUGACGAUCACCCCGAGGGCGCGAUAUUAGUGACGGCGAACAAAUGUCCACCGAUAGCUACAAGCUCGUUGCUGACUUAUCUCAUCUGCCGCGACUUACAAGAAGGGGUCGAGGAAGCAUGCGGCUGGUUAUGUGUCAUGGGAACACAUGGCGAUCUGGGCAAUGCAAUCAGAUAG